CGCAUAGUUUGAACCAAGUUUCAACUGUAAGGAGCUUACAUUACGUCCCCUUCAUCAGGAAGUAAACAUGGCUGUCGAUAGUGGUGAGGUCGCGUUCAACCGGCUAAAAGUGUUCAUAAUGCCGCAACGAAUUCAAAAACGUCGAUUGGAAACAAUAAAAAUAGCAGCUAAGAAGAGAGGUGUGAAUACUGUGAGCGAACUGAGUGCUGAGGUGACCCACGUCGUGACUGAAUUUGAGACCAUGGAGCAAGUUGUCAGAGCACUGAAGAUGGACAAUGUUGCCUCACUUGGCGAUGUGGAAACUGUGUCCCUUAGAUGGCUCACUGAUUGCUUCAAGGCAGGAAAAGUCAUCCCAGCCACAGAAGCCUAUAGGCUCAAGCAUGAGCUGUUGGAAUCUGCCCAAAAUGGUAAUGAAGCUGAAGACAAGAACCCAAGUUUGCUGCCAGAGUGGGCGUGUCAGAGGGCCACACCUCUAGAACAUUACAACCAUCGGUUAACAACUGAUAUUGAGACACUACAGCUUCAUUCCGAGUUAAGAGAUCAGGAGCAGGACUAUAGCCGAGCAUUGGCAUUCCGGCGUGCAUCAUGUGUGCUCAAGUGUCUGCCCUUCAGAGUGACGGACGUCUCGCAGAUCAGCAAUAUCAAGGAUGUUGGGGACCAUGUCAAGAGAGUUGUAGAGGACAUCCUAGAAGAUGGAUUGUCUUCAGAGGUUGACCAGAUUAAUACCGACGCAUGGUUUAACAAGAUGAAGGUGUUUACUGGUGUGUUCGGGGUCGGCCCUUCAACUGCCAAGAAGUGGAUUGAGAGAGGAUGGACGUCCAUUCAGGACGCUGCCGAAGCAGACGAUUUGUCCAAAGACUGGAGAGUCAGAUGGGGGCUGGCGUUCCAUGAAGAACUGCAGACAAGGGUGGAGAGACCAGAGGCUGAUAACUUCACAUCCAUGGUGAGAGCUGAAGCCCAGAGGAUCCUGCCAGGCACCACAGUCGAACUCACUGGCGGAUUUAGAAGGGGCAAGAAGACAGGCCACGAUGUGGAUCUACUUAUCUCCCACCCAGAGGAGGGAGCGGAGGUGGGGAUGUUGCCACGACUACUGAAACAGCUGGAAAAGCGAGGACUCAUUCUUUGUGGUAGUUAUGAAAGGAACUCUUUCUCUGAAGAUGUUCUCCGACAGGAUUUCAAACUCAGUCAAAGAGGACAGUUAGAUCAUUUUGAAAAGUGGCUUGGGAUUUGUAAAUUUCCAAAACAAUUUGGGCUGACCCCAAAUGGACAAGAUGUCGUACAGGAAGCAGUAGGUAUGACUGCCAGUUGUAGCAAACUUUCUGGAAGUGUGGAAGAGGAUUAUGAGCCGAAGGCAAAGCUACGAAAACUUGGUUGUAUUGACAAAUGCCCUCGGAGUGUUGCGAGUGAGGAGAGAGACUGGCUUGCCAGGAGGGUGGACCUGAUCGUGGCACCCCAUAGUCAGUAUUACUAUGCUCUCGUUGGGUGGACAGGCAGUAAGCACUUCAACAGAGAUCUCAGACUGUACGCAUCAAGGGUGCUGGGGAUAAAACUCACGUCUCAUGGACUGUACAACAUCAGCAAGGACUGUGUGGUACCUGCCAGCAGCGAGAAGGUAGUGUUUGACAACAUGCAGAUACCUUACAGGGAGCCCACACAGAGGAACUGCUGAGUCAGCGGAUACAGAUUAAAGUCACUUGACAACAUGCAGAUACCUUACAGGGAGCCCCACACAGAGGAACUGCUGAGUCAGCGGAUACAGAUUAAAGUCACUUGACAACAUGCAGAUACCUUACAGGGAGCCCCACACAGAGGAACUGCUGAGUCAGCGGAUACAGAUUAAAGUCACUUGACAACAUGCAGAUACCUUACAGGGAGCCCCACACAGAGGAACUGCUGAGUCAGCGGAUACAGAUUAAAGUCACUUGACAACAUGCAGAUACCUUACAGGGAGCCCCACACA